CAACCUGGUGAUGGUAACUUAUAACCUUAUUCGCAAUUUUUACUUUCUUACAGUUUUUGAAAUCUAAAACAAGUUUAACCUACUACCAAAACUACUGUUGUGCUGACCAAUUUUAUAAAAUAUUUAGAUCUGUGCGCGUUAACUUAGCCUAGGUUUAAAUGUUAUGAAAUCUUAUUGAAGAACAGCAUCCAAAAAUAUUUUCGGAAUCCCCUCAAGAAUGAAAAAAGUGAAGAACAAAUCAUUUGGCUGGAAACCAGUUGAACUAAAUGAAGCAGUGUUAACUGGUGGCGUUGAAGGUUUGAUAGGUAUAGAAGAAUUAACUGAAUAUAAGCUGGAAAACAAUGAGUUGAAAUUGCCCAACUCUUUAAAAAAAUCAACAAGUGUGGGUUCCCCAAGGUCUAUGACUGAAGAAUCCAAAACUAGAAAGAGAAAACACAAAGGUAAUAGGCAGAAACAAACAAAUCUAACUAAAGGUGUUAUUAACAAAUUUAAGGUUACUCUGCAAGACGAUAAUAAAUUAACCAAAGGGUCAAAAGAAAAUACUGAAACUGAAUUGUCCAGUCCAAAGCGGAAGAAGAGGGAAGAGCUUACAAACGAUGACCUGAAAGAAAACAUCGACAUUCUACCUUGGUUGACAUUAGGAGUUCCAACAGUAAUUGCACAGGCUCUAACAGAUCAAGGAUUUAUGGAACCAACAGAAAUACAAAGACUCUGCAUCCCUCCAGCUAUCAAGGGAAGAAGAGAUAUUCUUGGAGCAGCAGAAACUGGGAGUGGAAAAACCUUAGCUUUCGGAAUACCAAUCAUCAACGGAAUUCUAGAAAACCUUAAAAACCAACCAGUUGAGAAUACAUACGUAGACAGUGGCAGUUCUUCAGAGAGUGAUAAGGACGAUGCUGACAAUGAAGAUAUUGGCUGUGUUAAGGUAGUGAAUCUCGGCAAACACAAGAAACAGUCUUCUCCGCAGAGACUCUGGGCCCUUGUGUUGACUCCCACCAGGGAAUUGGCUGUGCAGAUCAAAAACCACCUCACUGCGGCACUCAAGUAUACAGACUUGAAGGUGGUGGUUCUUGUAGGAGGUAUGUCACAUGAAAAACAACAGCGGCUGUUGAAAUAUCAGCCUCACAUUGUAGUGGCUACGCCCGGACGUCUGUGGGAACUUGUGAACCAGGGAGAGCCUCAUUUGAGUGACAUUGAAAACAUCAGGUACCUGGCUAUAGACGAGACUGAUCGCAUGACAGAAGUCAACCACUUCCCAGAGCUGCGGUCCUUGUUGGAGAAGAUCAACACGGACCCUGCCAAGCAGAAACUGCGGCAGAACUUUGUGUUUUCAGCCACUCUCACGUUGGUACACAGUCUCCCCAUGCACACCAAGCUGAAAAAAAAGAAAAAACAACUCGUGGUCUCGGCAGGAGAUAAACUAAAAAAUCUGAUCAACCUUCUGGGGAUAACUGACCCAAAGGUUGUCGAUGUUACAAGAAAGACAGGUAUGUCGGAACUGCUGACAGAAUCCUCUAUAGUGUGCAGCCAUGAACAGAAGGAUUACUACUUGUUCUACUUUCUGCAGCGACACCCAGGCCGCACUCUAGUGUUCUGCAACAGCAUCUCGUGUGUGCGAAGGUUGGCAUCGCUGCAGUCCGUGCUUGGCUGUCGUCCGCUACCCCUCCACGCCAACAUGAUACAGAAACAGAGACUCAAGAAUCUUGAAAGGUUUCGGGACAGCGCAGAUGGUUUGUUGCUGGCCACGGACGUAGCUGCUCGGGGAUUGGACAUUCCUAAUGUAGAACAUGUCAUACACUACCAAGUACCUAGGACUUCUGAGAGCUACGUUCAUCGCAGUGGAAGGACAGCACGAGCCAACCACGAGGGACUGACACUGCUACUGAUAGAGACGGAUGAACAGCGACAAUAUAUCAGACUGAUGAGAACACUGAGCAGAGACAAGGAGCUGCCGAGUUUCCCGGUGGUGAGUAACUUGAUGGACGCUGUCAAACAGAGAGUAAACCUGGCCAGGGACAUAGAUAUUUUGCAGCUGCAGUACAAGAAGGCGACAAGUAGCUACAACUGGGUACAGAAAAUGGCCGAGGAGAUGGACCUUGUGGUGGAUCAAGAUGAACAGCCCGAAAAGGUGAAUGACCGAGCAUCGUCGGUGAUCAAGAAAGAAAUUGCAGCCAAACAAAACAAGUUGAAGACUCUUCUGAAACAUUCUCUGCGACCGAAGGGCUUCUCUCUUAAGUACCCGGCUACAAACAUGGCCGACGACUCAAGCAGCCUACCACAGUCAGCUAUAGAGGCUGUGAGAUCCACACUCAAUGAGAAGGAGAAAAAGAGGAAAAGUUCAUCUAGACUCUUCAAAAAGAAGAAGAAAAAACUAACUACACCUCACAAUGAAGAAGCUUAAAGUGAUUGUUAUGAAAAUCAUGUUAUUAUUAUGGAUAAAGUGUUUGGCUUUUAUUUUUAAAUUUUAUUGAACCUUCAAAGUAAUUCAUAAAGUAAGUGAAGUUAUCAUUGUCUAAUGCACGAUUGGUAAUAUCACGGACUAUGUCGGAGAAGAAAUUUA